AUGGGCUUUAAAGCUUUUCGAGAAUCUAAUAGCAAGUUUGCAAUAAACAAAAAUGAGAGGAGCUUCUUUCCUUUUUCUUGUGCUCAUUCUAAUAAUCCAAGAUGUCAAUAUAAUUGUUUCGGAGAUCAGCUCACAGUUGGAUUUUAUAAAGGUAAGUGUGGGGCAAACGACGUCGAAAAUGUCAUUCAUGAAGUAGUUAAGCAAAAGAUUUCUUCGGAACCAGAUACCGUGUCUGAUCUUGUUCGUUUAUCAUUCCAUGAUUGCUUUGUUAGGGGAUGUGAUGGAUCAAUACUACUCGAUGGAGCAGAUACGGAGCAAAAAGCGCCAGUGAACCAAUUACUUGCGGGCUUCGACCUUGUAAAUGAUAUCAAAGAAGCAGUCGAGAAAGCUUGUCCCGGAGUUGUCUCUUGUACUGACGUGAUUGUUAUAGCUACCAGAUCGGCUAUCUCUUUGGCUGGAGGAAAACGGUAUGAGGUCGAAACAGGAAGGAAAGAUGGACUUGUGUCACUAGCAAGUGAAGCACAAGCUAUCCUUCCUCCUCCGACAAUGCCGGUGCAACAAGCCAUUGAUUUGUUUGCUCAGAAGGGGCUCACUAUUCAGGACUUUGUUGUUCUUCUAGGUGGACAUACGGUUGGAACUGCACACUGCCACUCGUUUAAAGAACGUCUAUAUAAUUUCAAAGAUACCCAAAAGCCAGAUCCAACUAUUAGCUCAUCGCUACUCCAUGUCUUGCAAGAUACAUGUCCUCUUAACAACCAAACUGACAGUGAAGCAUUCCUUGAUCAAACAUCAGACAGCCAUUUUAAGUUCGACAACGCGUAUUACAAGCAAAUUCUAGACAACAACGGUGUAUUAGAAAUCGAUCAAAACUUGGCGUCGAGCCCGAUUACUAGAGGCUUAGUUAAGGGAUUAUCCUACGGUCCUGAUCUAUUCCUGAACCGAUUUGGUCGAGCCAUGGUGAAGAUGUCUAGAAUUGGAGUCCUCACAGGCAGCCAAGGGGAGAUAAGAAAAUCUUGUGGUUCUGUCAAUUAAUGUGUCUUUCAAUUUCUUUUGUAUGUGUACUUUUAUUCAUGUUAUCUUGUACUAGUUGUUGAUGUUAUUUUUCACUGCCCUUUAUAUUGUAUCCUGCAAGUUAAGGUGCAUAUGUAUGGAAAUACAUGUCUUGAUCAAUUCGUACGCAAGUAAGCGACAGGAAUUCAUUA